AUGGAGUCCCUCCCUGAAGCAGUCCUGAUCAGGAUCCUGGCUUCCAUACCUGCGGUGGAUUUGGUGCUGGCCUGCGAAGGCCUCACUGGAGCAGAGUCACAGGAGAAUGCAGAGAACUGGCAAAACUUCUACUUCCUGAGUAAGAAAAGGAAGAAUCUCAUCAAGAACCCAUGUGGUGAAGAAGACUUGCAGCACUGGGGAGAGGUAGAGAAUGGAGGUGAUGGCUGGAAAAUUGAAGAGCUCCCCGGGGAUUUUGGAAAAGAAUUCCCGAGUGAAGAAGUCCAUAAGUACUUUGUUACAUCUUAUGAGUGGUGUCGAAAGGCUCAGGUCAUUGACCUGAGGGCUGAGGGCUACUGGGAAGAGCUGAUGGAUACAACCCAGCCUAAAGUUGUGGUAAGAGACUGGUAUGCAGGGCGCAGUGAUGCCGGCUGCCUCUAUGAGCUCUGUGUGAAGCUGCUCUCAGAGAACGAGGAUGUUCUGGCUGAGUACAAAAGUGAGACCAUUGCCAUCCCACAGGACAACGAUGCCAGCUGGACUGAGAUCUCCCACACCUUUUCCAACUACGGCCCUGGGGUCCGCUUUGUCCGCUUUGAACACGGUGGCCAGGACACGCUGUUCUGGAAGGGAUGGUACGGCGUACGUGUGACCAACAGCAGCGUGACAGUGGAGCCAUAG